AUGGCCCCUAAAUGGUUUGCUAAUCAUGUCGCAUAUACCAUGGCCAAGUAUGGUAUGUCUAUGUGCGUCCUGGGUAUGGCGGAAGAACUUAAACGCUUUGGAAUCGCAGUAAAUGCCUUGUGGCCACGUACUGCGAUAUAUACUGCUGCAACAAAAAUGCUUGCUGGGGGCGAGCACUUUGCUAAGCAAUGCAGACAUCCUGAAAUCAUGUCGGACGCUGCUCAUAUUGUGUUGACGUUGCCCGCAAGCGAUUCUCAAAACACAGGCAGAUUUUUUAUUGAUGACGAACUUCUGGCUGAACACGGCAUUGUAGAUUUGGAAAAAUAUAGUGUUCAACGAGGAGCCUCUCUUGCUCUCGACUUUUUCCUUGACUCUGUCCCUGGCGCUACGGAUGUAAGUUCUAUACUGUAUCAAACUUCGGUUGCUUCAACAUUCGAAAAAAUCCGAGGACUAUUAACGGAAGAUUUAGUCCAACAAGUUUCUGGAACCUUUUAUUUUAAUUUGAUUGGUGAGCACUUAAUUUUACAACCUAUUCCGGUCAUUUUAGAAGCCUGA